AUUAGAGAUGAAUUUCGUACGGUAUAUCUAAUUAUUCUUAAAUUAUUUAAUUCACUUUAAUGCUUAGUCUUGUGUCAUAAUUGUCUAAUGUUUUCAUUUGUCUUCUAGAUGGCAUUGCCACACUCAACCAAGCCAUUCCCACAACCAACCACCUAAACGAUAACAACAACGCCUCAGUCCCAGACGAUUCUGAAUGCACCGUCCGUGAGCAGGACCGAUUCAUGCCAAUAGCAAACGUGAUCCGAAUCAUGCGAAAAACCCUACCUCCACAUGCCAAGAUAUCAGACGACGCGAAAGAGACCAUCCAAGAAUGCGUGUCCGAGUUCAUCAGCUUCGUUACGGGUGAAGCCAACGACCGGUGCCAGCGCGAGCAACGCAAGACUAUCACGGCCGAGGACGUGCUCUGGGCCAUGAGCAAGCUAGGGUUCGAUGACUACAUCGAACCCCUGACUAUGCACCUGCACCGUUAUCGGGAGUGCGAUGGCGGUGACCGUGGCUCCCUCAGAGGGGAGCCACUCAUGCUGAUGAAGUCGCGGGGUGCUAUGGUUGACCCCGCGGCUUCAACUAGCAUUGGUAACAACAUGACACAUGUUAAUUAUCCCUUGCCACCUAAUUUCACAAUGACUCAUCAUCAUCAUGGUUACUAUACUUAUGCACACAUGACUAAUGACAAUGUUGCUACAAAUUCUCAGGCUAAUCUUGAUGAGGCAAAUAAUAAUGUUGAAUCAUUUGGGGAGCAUAAUAAGUAGUAAGAUUUAAGAGUUCUAGGGAAAGAAAAAAAACUUGUACUAGUUUCUUUUAAUUUAUGUUUUUAAUUUAUCUUUGUAUGAACUAUUGUACUA